AUGAGCUUCUUUUGGCUGCUUGACGAAGUUAUCACAUGGGUCAUUGACGACAACCCAAACGAACGCCUGACCUUUGGUCAUAUCGAAGGGCCUCUAGCUUCAGCCAAGGCAAUCCAACUCCCAAAGAAAAUCCUUGAAUCGCCUCGAAUUAUUGAUCACCGCCGUACCAUUAUUGUCCAGGUUCUUCCCGACUUCAAGAGGGAUGCAGUGGUCACAGGUCAAGGGUCUUGGUCACCGAACCUUCAACUCAAGAAAGGCCAACAUCAACCUACGCUGACGGUUGAGACAUACCGCGAAUAUGAACCCCACCCAGCACAGCCUGUGAUUCUCAAAGACGUACCAUCAGAUCUGCUUCGGUAUGGCACAGUGUCUAACGACUCUGGGAGUCUAUGCCUACGUUUUCGAGAUGCGAUGCAUGAUGCCGAGGACCAGGAUGAAGGCAACAUCGUGCCAUCACAAUGGGAUCCUUGGAUGACAACAUCCACCACAAAAGCGCACUAUCCUUCUAUUCCAGCACAGUUGAAACAGCCCGGAGCCCAACUACAGAUGAUUCAUAUGGAUGCAAACUCGAGAAUAGCUGAACUCUUGCCUUCCUGCUACAGUGUCAGCAUUUUUGCGAGUCCUACGAUUAGUCGAGUCAUCUUCGAUCGCCGCUCUCAUCAAUUAUUACACACGUUUCUGUGGAUCUCAGAGUCGGAAGAAAUUCAGCAGCUGUCUUGGCGUUUACGGGUUCAGAGUUAUCAUCCUCCUGAUGUUCUGUGCCUCGAUCACUUCCUCAAGCAUCGCGCGACAGAGCGUCGAAUGAAAAUCCGAAAUGAACAAGCCGAAGGGUUCAUGGCUGCCCUCCUAGAUUAUACCGAAUGGCCCCCUAGCGUUUGGGACUUGAUAAACAUCGUUCGAAAGAGAGAUGAUGUUUUCAAUCAUAUACGGGAUCGCUUUCUCUUCCAAGGACUUACGAUAAGUAGGGGAAAUACACCUCGAUUACCAAAUGCAUCAUUCAGCGCUGAUGCAUUCUAUCCUCUUUUGUCGCUGGUCGAUUACGACUCGCGUGUCGCCCAUUUCCUCACCCUGAAUACAACCCCUUUGGUCACCAUGAUAAAAGUACACCUUGCCCCGAUGUUAACCGCGGCAAAUGAAGCUCUGGAAAUACUCCAUGUCCAGAGACUUGACUUGAAAAUCAAGACCGCAAUACAAGGAUGUUUGAACCAAUGCUCUCUGGAAAACGACGCCGGCCCCUGGGUACAUCGCAGCACUCUGUGGGCAACCGCAGGCUUAGCGGGCAUGAUUGAUGCCGAUGAAACCGACGAACCGUGCCCUCGUGUCACUACCCCUUUGGCUGAGGGUAACAUUCGGGUUCUCACAGCUGCAUCCUCACGGUUUUCGGCAUUCGGUCGGGCCAUCCAUAGAAGCUUACGCGUGAACGAAAUGGAAGUACAGGAAUUAGACACCAUUCGGGCAUAUGCGAAUGAAGAAAACUACAACCAGGUAUCGCGUCACCUGCUGCAGGCGUAUUCACACCAAGUGGCCUUUGCAACCAAAACGAAAAGGAAAUUGGGAGGGAAGGAGUUGCCCAGGCUGUACGACUUUAUGACCAAGAAAUCUUUCCAACCCAACCUGAAUCUAGCGGUGAUUGAUUGGGACUACCUUUUCAGCCAAGAAAAGAGGGUAUAUGGUGUUUAUACGCAUCUGAAGCGCUUGGGAAAUGGGGGAACCACUGUUUGCAACUGGACUUGGAUUCCUGGUGGAGUAUGGGCCGAAGUCGAAGGAGAAAUGGAAAGGGUUCGGGCGAUGAAGGGAGUGCUCUUUGCUCAUCCUCAAGUUUCGUUGUGGUGGGACGUGCAGGUUAUUGUCAAGGUCACUCUCGAACUUGAGGCCACUCCCAAGUCAAAGACGUCGUAG